CUAAAGAGCUGAGUUUUUGAGAAAACGCUCACAUCGCAGUGUCGGAAGUGGGAUCCAUGGUAGUUAGCUUCUUGAUCAACGUUAAAUAGGCAUCUUUAGAAAUCAUUUAUGGCCACGGAAGUGACGAGUGAAACCUCAUGGAUAUCAGUGAGUCCUAGUGGUCUUUGGGAGGUGCACAGAAGGUGGAAAGGGGAGAGAAAGCGAGGAGACGACACACCUCUAUUAGGGUCUGUAUGCAGAAUCAGAGUGCGUCUCAAGAACCACACAGAAGAUAAUACCCAGCCUGUUAGCUCGGAUGAAGCUGUGCUGGAAGUUAGUGACAGUUCUGUGCAGGUUACAGAGUAUCCACGCUCACAAGAUUCAGUGCUCCAGGUUCCAUUGGGCAGGUGGCUUUUGCUGCGUGUUGGAGAGGGACAGUGUGACAUUAUAGAGGGCUGUUUGGAGGGAAUGAGACCUGGGGAGACCUGUGAGUUCACAGUUAGGGCCCAUCAACAGCAUUUGAAAAUGGCACCCAGUGAUAUUCAUGCUGCUGGGAUAGAGAAGACAGGAGAGCAGCAAGAGACAAAAAGUGAGUGUUUUUCUCUGCAGCUCCACUCAUUCACUUCAGGGAAGGAGUCCUGGCAGAUGCUCCCUACAGAGAAGUGGACCUGGGUGCUGUCUCACAAGCAGCGGGGCAGCCAGCGCUUCAGCAACGGAGACAUUUGGGGAGCAAUGCAUUCUUACUGCUGUGCUAUUAAGCUGCUCAUCACUCUAAAGAGACAUACCAAAGGGAAAGAUGGGGUUCUAAAUGUUGAUGGAAGCCAAGAGCCAAAUGCCUUUGAUAAGGAAAGUGAGUCAAAUAGAGAGACAGUGGCAAAAAGCACCCAGAUCCUAACUGAGGAGUAUAGGACUAUGAAAGCAGAACUCCAUUCUAAUCUUUCCCUGUGUCAGCUCAGGCUUGGCCAGCCAGCAAAAGCCAGGGACAGCAGCAGCAAAGCUACUGCACUAGAUCCAGCAAACAUUAAAGGCUGGUAUCGCCUUGGCCAAGCCUGUCUCCAGUUAGAAGACUUUGAAGAAGCACGUCAUGCUUUUGGCAAAGUCCUAGAACUCCAGCCAGGUUCUACCUCUGCCCAAAAUGCCUUGAAACAAGUAAAUGCUAAGGCAAAAGAGUUUGACAGUAAGCUUGGGCAAAGGCUGAGCAAAAUGUUUACCUAAGGAUCUGCAAAAUCAGGACAUGAUUUAAAUUAUUAAAGGCAGUAAUAAUUUAGUAAUAACAGUAAUAGACCAAUGUGUAUACUUAUCAAAAAUAUACAACACUAACAUUACAAGAGCCCUAGAAGCUCAUGCAGUGAUGUGAGGAUUAUAUUGCAAGAUAUAUUGUUCUAUGCAUGGUGGAUGUAUUAUGGUUGUAUGCUGUACAAAUGGCAAUAAAACUAUUUAUAUUUGUGUAACAUG